CCGAGCUGUAUUUCCCGGCCUGUCCAUGGCUCGGUGCUGUUGGCUCUCUUCUCCGUCUGAUCAGCCCAGGCUGCGCGGGGCUCCCUACGGGAUCAGAGCGCUCCCCCGCCGGGACUCCACUCCUCACAUCCUCCUGCUGGGACUCCGCUACAUUUCCAGCCAAGCCUGGCUUUAUUAUGUGUGUCUGCACUGCAGCCCCAGCAGCAGCAGCAGCAGCAGAGGCAGGAGCAGGAGCAGGAGGAGGAGGAGGAAAAAGAGCCAGGACAAAGGCGAGAGAAGGAGGCUGGCGAGGGAGGAAGAGAAGGCAGAGCCCAGGCGGAGGAGGAGAAGAAGGAGAAGGAGAAGAAGGAGGAGGAGGAAGGAGGAAGAAGAAGAAGCCAUGAAGGCGCCCCUCGCCUGACCCAUGGAGGAGGCAGCUAGCCAAGGAAGAGAAGGACCCCAAGCCUCCUUCUUGGUGGAAGGAAGGAGGAGAAGAAGGAGAGGAGAGCAAGGAAAGCGGGCCGAGGAGAAGCAGCCCAGCAGCCCGUUCUUCUUUCCCUGGAAGCGCGCAUCCUUUCCCAAAGAGUGGUCCUCUUUUUGGACAAGGCUAGGGCUUCUUUAGGAAGGGAACCUCCCCCCUCCCCCCCAGAAAAGGCUUUGGGGAGGGUCUUCCCAACCCAGAGACCCCCAGAAGAGAAACUUUUCCCCGGGAACCCAAGCCAAAAGCAGGGCUCUGGUUUGGGGGGAGAGGCAGGGACAAGGACUCGCCUCUCCUCCUUCCUUCUCUUCGACCUCUUGUUGUGUUGGUGAGAGGCGAGGUCGAGGAGAUCCCCCAGGGUCCCUGUUCCCCCCCCCCUUUCUACUCCACGAAGGAGGGAAAGAAAGAGAGGGAGCGAGAGAAAGGAAAAGAAGGGGACUCGGAAGUUGCCGCAUUGCAACAGGCAAAGUGGGCAGAAAUCAAAAGAAUCGAUCUCGCCGCUCUUGCAGAGAAAGUUUCCAAGUGGGAGAAGGAGGAGGAAGAGGGGGAGGAAGAAAGGAAGGAGAGGAGGAGGAGGAGGAAGGAGGGGGGAAAAAAGGAAAGAAGAGAGGCCAGGGACGGAGCUGGAGAUGUCCAGAAGGAAGCAAGCCAAGCCGCGCUCGGUGAAAGUUGAAGAGGGCGAGUCGUCGGAUUUUACUCUGAACUGGGACUCAUCAGUAACUCAAUCAGGAGGCCUGGGCAGAGAACUAGAGAAUGAUACGAGGGAGAGCCGGGCUUUGGAAGAGAGGAACAGCAUUACGAGUCAGGAAGAGCGAAAUGAGGAAGAUGAAGACAUGGAGGACGAGUCAAUUUACACCUGCGAUAACUGUCAGCAGGACUUCGAUUCACUGGCAGACCUGACCGAACACAGGGCACAGAACUGUCCUGGAGAUGGCGACGACGACCCACAACUCUCCUGGGUGGCUUCCUCUCCCUCCAGCAAAGAUGUUGCAUCACCCACUCAGAUGAUAGGAGAUGGGUGUGAUCUCGGCAUCGGAGAGGAGGAAGGGGGGACCGGCCUGCCGUAUCCCUGUCAGUUUUGCGAUAAGUCCUUCAUUCGCCUGAGCUACCUUAAAAGGCACGAGCAGAUCCACAGCGACAAGCUACCUUUCAAAUGCACCUACUGCAGCCGGCUUUUCAAGCACAAAAGGAGCAGGGACCGACACAUCAAGCUGCACACAGGGGACAAGAAGUACCAUUGCCAUGAGUGCGAGGCUGCCUUCUCUCGCAGCGACCACCUCAAGAUACACUUGAAGACGCACAGCUCCAGCAAGCCCUUCAAGUGCACCGUCUGCAAGCGAGGUUUCUCUUCUACCAGCUCCUUGCAGAGCCACAUGCAGGCCCACAAGAAGAACAAGGAGCACAUGGCCAGGAGCGAGAAGGAAAUGAAGAAGGACGACUUCAUGUGCGACUAUUGCGAGGAGACCUUUAGCCAGACGGAAGAGCUGGAGAAGCACGUCAUGACGCGCCAUCCGCAACUGUCCGAGAAGGCUGACUUGCAGUGUAUCCAUUGCCCUGAAGUGUUUGCUGAUGAAAAUGCCCUGCUUUCCCACAUCCACCAAGCUCAUGCCAACAAAAAACACAAGUGCCCCAUGUGCCCAGAGCAGUUCUCUUCAGUGGAGGAAGUCUACUGCCACUUGGAUAGCCAUCGGCAGCCUGAUUCCAGUAACCAUAGUAUCAGCCCUGACCCAGUCUUGGGUAGUGUGGCCUCCAUGAGCAGCGCCACUCCAGAUUCCAGUGCGUCUGUGGAGCGGGGCUCUACUCCAGACUCAACUUUGAAACCCAUGAGAGGGCAAAAGAAGAUGAGGUCCCUGGAAAGAGAAGAAGGCCAGACCUGGUCGAAGGUUGCCUACAGUUGCCCUUACUGUACCAAGCGCGACUUCAACAGUCUUGCAGUCUUGGAGAUCCAUCUGAAGACCAUCCAUGUGGACAAACCUCAGCAAAGCCACACGUGCCAGAUUUGCCUUGAAUCCAUGCCCACCUUGUACAACUUGAAUGAACAUGUGAGAAAAGUGCAUAAAAACCAUGCAUACCCAAUGAUGCAGUUCAACAGCAUUUCAGCCUUCCACUGUAACUAUUGCCCAGAGAUGUUUGCAGAUAUCAACAGCUUGCAAGAACACAUCCGCAUUGCUCACUGUGGACCAGGAGCCACAACUCAAGAUGGCAACAAUGCUUUCUUUUGCAACCAGUGCUCCAUGGGCUUUCUGACGGAGGCCUCUCUGACUGAGCAUAUCCAGCAAACGCACUGCAACCUUGGAAACUCAAAGUUGGAUUCUCCGGUGGUCCAGCCAUCACAGUCUUUUAUGGAGGUCUAUUCCUGUCCCUAUUGUACAAACUCGCCCAUUUUUGGCUCCAUCCUUAAACUCACCAAACAUAUUAAAGAAAACCACAAGAACAUUCCACUGGCACACAAUAAAAAGGCGAAAGGUGAACAGAGUCCAGUGUCUUCUGACGUGGAAGUGUCUUCUCCCAAAAGACAGAGGCUUUCUGCCAGCGUGAAUUCCGUUUCAAAUGGUGAAUACCCAUGCAAUCAGUGUGAAUUGAAGUUCUCCAACUUUGAAAGCUUCCAGACACAUUUGAAGUUGCAUUUAGAAUUAUUGUUAAGGAAGCAAUCAUGUCCUCAGUGCAAAGAAGACUUUGAUUCUCAGGAGUCCCUUCUGCAGCACCUUACUGUCCAUUAUAUGACGACCUCAACUCAUUACGUAUGCGAGAGCUGCGACAAGCAGUUUUCAUCAGUUGAUGACCUGCAGAAGCAUUUGCUGGACAUGCACACUUUUGUGUUGUAUCAUUGCACUCUUUGCCAAGAGGUUUUUGACUCCAAGGUAUCAAUCCAAGUGCAUCUGGCGGUGAAGCACAGCAACGAGAAAAAGAUGUAUAGGUGUACAGCCUGCAACUGGGAUUUUCGGAAGGAGGUGGACCUUCAGAUCCAUGUGAAGCAUAGCCAUUUGGGCAACCCUUCAAAGUCACACAAAUGCAUCUUCUGCGGGGAGACUUUUAGCACCGAAGUGGAGCUGCAGUGCCACAUCACAACCCACAGCAAAAAGUACAACUGCAAGUUCUGCAGCAAAGCUUUCCAUGCUAUCAUCUUGCUUGAAAAGCAUUUGCGGGAGAAACAUUGCGUCUUUGAUGCUGGCACUGAGAACGGUACUGCGAAUGGCAUGACACCGGCUGCAAAGAAAGCCGAUUCUGCAGAUAUCCAGAACAUGUUGAUGAAGAACCCUGAUACCUCCAACAGUCAUGAAGCUAGUGAAGAUGACGUAGAUGCUUCUGAGCCCAUGUAUGGCUGUGAUAUCUGUGGGGCAGCUUAUACAAUGGAGGUCCUUUUGCAGAACCAUCGCUUGAGGGACCAUAACAUCAGACCUGGGGAAGAUGAUUGUUCCAGGAAGAAAGCAGAGUUCAUCAAAGGUAGUCACAAGUGUAAUAUCUGCUCAAGGACCUUUUUCUCAGAGAAUGGCCUCCGGGAGCAUAUGCAGACCCACCGAGGCCCAGCAAAGCAUUACAUGUGCCCCAUUUGUGGGGAACGCUUCCCAUCUCUUCUGACCCUGACAGAGCACAAAGUGACUCACAGUAAGAGUUUGGACACGGGAACGUGUCGGAUCUGCAAAAUGCCUCUGCAGAGUGAGGAGGAAUUCAUUGAGCACUGCCAGAUGCACCCCGACCUUAGAAAUUCCCUCACUGGAUUUCGCUGCGUCGUCUGCAUGCAGACAGUCACUUCGACCCUUGAGCUGAAAAUCCAUGGAACGUUCCAUAUGCAAAAAUUGGUGGGCAGCUCUGCAACGUCGUCUCCCAAUGGCCAGGCCUUUCAGAAACUCUACAAGUGUGCGCUGUGCUUGAAAGACUUCAGGAACAAGCAAGACUUGGUGAAACUGGAUGUUAAUGGUCUACCAUAUGGGCUAUGUGCCGGAUGCAUGACUAGGAGCACCAAUGGACAAUCUUUGGGCAUGACCACGCCGGAAGUUAGUGAAAGACCGUGUGGCAGCCUGAGGUGUCCAGAGUGUAGUGUCAAAUUCGAAAGUGCCGAAGACUUAGAGAAUCACCUCCAGCUGGACCAUAGAGACCUGACACCUGAGACAAGUGGCCAAAAGAAGGGUACACAGACAUCCCCUGUUCCCAGAAAGAAGACCUAUCAGUGCAUCAAGUGCCAGAUGACCUUUGAGAAUGAAAGAGAGAUACAGAUCCAUGUUGCAAAUCACAUGAUAGGUGCAGCCCCAGCCCCAAAUGGUGAGGUCUUGCAUUCUUUUCCAGCUCCUGGAUUACUGGAGAGGAGGAUUAUGAAAAAUGCUAUUACAGAGGAAGGCAUCAAUCAUGAGUGCAAGCUGUGUAACCAGAUGUUUGACUCUCCGGCAAAGCUCCUGUGUCACCUGAUUGAGCACAGCUUCGAGGGGAUGGGAGGCACAUUCAAAUGCCCUGUUUGUUUUACAGUUUUUGUACAGGCCAAUAAAUUGCAGCAACAUAUCUUUGCUGUCCAUGGGCAAGAGGAUAAAAUUUACGAUUGUUCCCAGUGCCCGCAGAAGUUCUUCUUUCAGACCGAACUUCAGGUACAACUUCUUAUUUCCUUUUUCAAGAGUUAAAUGCAAACUUGUAUUGUUUGUUUCUGCCAUUGUUAUCUGUGAGAAAUAGCUGUUUUGAAGGAGCGUUCGGAGCUCCUUCCUCUCCUCCUUCCUUCCCUUGUAACAUCAGAAAAUCCUCCUCUC